UCACACCAGCGGCGGUAUCAGCAGUGUGCGUGUGUUUGUUCGGUUCGUUCGCAUGGUUCGUCCGGUUCGUCUGCAUGGUUGGUGUGCGAAGAGCAUGGCAUGGCUGUUGUUACCGACGCUGAUGGAUCAUCGAUGGCAGAGAACGAGCAGCGCGCAAGGGUGGGCCCCUACGGCUUCGAGUGGCCGGAGGACUUCGACCACGAGGGUCACGAGGCAUUCUGGCGGAGCUACCGGGCAGUGCUGGCACGGCGCCUUCGCAAGUGGGAUCGGCUGCUGUCGCAUGCUCGGCCCGCGGCAUAUCCCAACCUUCGCCACAGCAGUGCCAAGUUGAAGCGUUACGUGAGGAAAGGUGUUCCCCAAGAGCACAGGAAACAGGUGUGGAUGGUCCUUUCGGGAGCAGCUGCUAUGCAGAGCGAGCAGCGAGGACUGUACCAGUCACUGCUGCAGCAGAGCCGGCGACCAGACCUUGUUGAGACUAUCCAGAUAGAUGUGCCACGGACGUUUCCUGACAAUGUGUAUUUCCAUGGAGGUGGACAGCAACAGCAGUCACUAUUCAACGUCUUGGUGGCGUACGCACAUUUCAACCAAGGUGUCGGCUAUUGCCAGGGUCUGAACUUCAUAGCUGGCCUGCUGCUGCUGGCAACAGAGGAUGAGGAAGCCACCUUCUGGCUCCUGCGCGCCCUGCUCGAGCGACUGCUGCCUGACUACUAUGGCCGGCACAUGACGGGUCUGCUCACAGACAUCGAGGUGCUUGCCGAACUGGUCAGGCAACGGAUGCCACAAGUGCACGCACAUCUGGCCAAGCACGAGGUGUCCUGGGCAAUUAUGACCACCAAGUGGUUCGUCUGCCUGUUCGCCGAAGUGCUGCCAAUUGAGGUGCGUGCAACAGCAGCACUUGGGAAGAGGAUUCAUCUUUCAUAAUGAAAUCGCAUCCAACAUGAAAAUAUGU